UCAACAGAUUUUCGCCUGUCAAUAGUCUCUGUAAUCCGAGCAGAUUAUCGGCUAUAAUUUCGGGAACACGCGUUAAAGUCACUCCUGCAUAUCCCGCUAAAAUGAAAUGUUGUCAAGCUAAUCCUUAUCAAGCAUGCAUCAAUUACAUUUCGGGUAUUCACGGUGAUCCUUCAAGCGUGAAAACUCAUAUUGGAACUCCUAUUGGAUUGCCCCAAUUUGGAAUUGGAAGUUACGAUACCUCUAGAAUCAUUUACGAUCCUUCUAACGGAAAUUCUCGAUUGGAGACUGGAAGGGGCGAUUACAGUACCUCUAGUAUCAACCAUGGCACUUCCAUUCCUUUUGGAUUGCCUCAAUCGCAAUUUGGAAGUUAUGGUACCUCUAGCAUCACGUACGAUACACCUAAUCCUUAUCGAACUCCUAACAUCGUUUCAGGUAUUCAUACUCCAUUCGAAGAUAUACGUUAUGGAACUCCUUUGCAACGUCGAUUAAAAGAUCAAUUACCAGCAGAUCCUAUAUCGUUGGCAUUAGCCUAUCAAAAUCUCGUAGCACCAAAGAUAUAUUAUAACAAAGGAAAGAAAUCAGUAUCGGAGGGAAGCUUAUCGUUCGGACACAGAACAUUGCCGAUCGAAUUGAAGAAAGAAAAGAAAUUGAUCGACGUACCCGAAGAAAAACUUGUAACCGUCGAUAGACCCAUCAUGGAAUUGAAACUUUCUCGGGCGAAUUCUAUAAUGAUCGGAGAUGACGACGACGACGACGACGACGAAGAGAAUGAUACCUUUGCCGAGCUUGAAGCUAUGGAACGAGAACAUUUGAAACAGAGAGAACAACUCGAUCGCGUGGCAUCGAAUUUUUUAAGUUACGGAUCGAAUCCUUUUAGAGACGUAGGUUACCGGCCUAUCGACGUAGACGCUGUCAAGCCAAACAUUGCCAUAAAUGCACCCUCGUUAAACCUUCAAGGAGUAGAUCAAAGAAUCGUAUCGAAUGGAGAAGAAAAUGGCAUCGGCGGAAAAUUAAUCGGACCAAAUAUAGGAUAUAGAUCAAAAGUAGGCUGUGGACCGAGUGGUCCACCUCUACCAGGCUACAUACCAGGAUCCGUAAUAGUUCAACAGCAAAUUGAAAUGGAGGAACCACAAGAGAAUGAGCAAAUUGAUAUGGAUUCUUACAACUACAACGUCGAUAACGAUGAAACUGACGAACAAGUCGAACGUAAUUCAGGCUUGGGAAUCAUAGCUAGAUUACGAAAUGCGGCUCAAAAAAAUAGAAUAUCGUCCUUGUGUUUCCAUUGA